AUGCAUAAGCGUAGCCCAGGCAGCGUCCAUGCCAGCGCUGUCGUGGUCAUUCUCACGGCAGCGCUGAUAUCGACCUUGCCGCAUGCCUCCGCAGCGGCCGCCCUUGCGGCGGGUGGGGACGCGACGCGGCCGUCGCCGCGGCGCACCCAGGCCCCUUACGACGCGGCCGAGAGGCGGCGCCUGCAGCCGGUGUGGGGCCAGAAUGGUCCCAUAAACCUCGCGGCGGCAGAAAAGGCGGCGUCGCCAAGUCCUGGGGUACCGCUCUAUGCGCCAGCGUUCCGAGCCCCGAGGGCCGCUGUCCCGUCGGUGCCCCGGCGGCCCCAGUGGGGCAAGCGGCUCCUCCACGGCGGCGGCGGCAGUGUCGGCGGCGGUAGCAGCAGCAGCAGCAGCAGCAGCAGCAGCAGCAGCAGCGGCGGCGGCAGCAGCAGCGGAUCGGGCGGCGGCGGCGACGGCGGCACGCAGCCGCGCCGGCGGCGAAUGCUGCAGCAGCGCUCGGGGCGCUGCGUCUGCGCAUUUGACUUCGACCACACCUUGCGGGUGGAGCGGGACGGGCGCCAGGAUGCGGCUGCCCUCGACGCGAAAGGCAUCGUAUCGGACUGCAAG